AUGUUUGACAUUUACAAUGCAAGUAACCAGACUGUUGGUCUGAUGACCGAUGAUGGAUGCACGUCACGCAUAGUCACUACGGCCGAGAAAGCCGGUAAGUUGUCUGCGUGCGUAACUAUUUAUGCGAUGGCCCUCAUUGGAAAUAUUCUCAUAAUCCACGUGCUUCUUAAAACCAAGAGUUUGCAACGAAACAUCCACCUUUUCAUUCUGAACAUGGCGAUCUCGGAUCUAAUCAUAUCAGUUUUCGCGAUCCCGAGAAGAGUUGUAGAAAUCGCUUUGGAAAUGCCUUCAGCUAAAUGGCUACAUUCUGGAGUAACAGGAGAAAUAACUUGUAAGCUGCUUAGCUUCAUGCCAGAUUUUUCCGGCGUGGUCUCUACUCUUACACUGGUUUUAAUCGCCUUAGAAAGACUAGUGGCCGUCGCGUUUCCUCUCCGCGCCAAAAUGAUAACCUACAGGUUAAGGGUGAUUAUGGUCAUGGUGACUUGGGUUGUUGGUGCAGCCAUUUAUGCUCCAUAUUUUUUUAUCUUUAAACUAUUUGAAGUUGACUCUGAUGUGUACUGCAUUGCAACCUGGGAGCCCGCUUUUGAAGAGCCCUCGACUGGAAAAUUCUACAUCACUUUAAUUUGGAUCUCGGGGAUUUUAAUUCCUUUCAGCCUUAUAGCUAGUGUGUACACGAUUAUAGUGGUUGUUUUGCUAAGGAAAAGGAACGCUAUGAGAGGUGAGGUUUUCGGAGGAAUUUAUCGCGAUAAAAUGCACAAAAAUGUGCUAAGAAUGGCGGUGACGAUUGUUGUCAUGUUUGCCAUUUGUUGGGCUCCACUCAAUAUCAAUCUGUUUCUUUCGAUAUUUGUUUCGAACUCUAAAAAUGUAUGGUGCAAUCCUCAUGCGUUUGCAUUUGCUACAGGAUUCCUUGUGUACGCCAACACUGCUUUCAAUCCGUUUGUAUAUUUUGGCUUCGUGGGAAAUUAUCGUCGUAGUCUGCGGAAUGCCAUAUUUGGUACGUUCCUCCCGGUCAGAAUUCGGGAGGCAGUUGUCAGACUCAUCCCAAAACGUCGUAAAGGGUUUCAGCUGACAUCCAUUCCCUGCAAUGAAGUCAGAUCAGCUCAAGUGAUCUCCUUAACGAAAUUACACAGCAAAUGUGAAAGUGAAGAUAGAGUGGAAAGGGAGCAACACCAAUCGAUAUCGACGUUGUAA